CCGCUACAAAAUGGACACGGUCGGUGAAGGUUUUGCAUUAUUUUGUGUGUUACACGCAGGCGAGAUAUUUGUAUCAAACGACAUAUUCUGAAAGCCGAAAGCGUGAGAAGAAAGCAUCGGAGAUUCUUAAAUGUCAAGCAUAGCUUUCUACGAUGUCUUCUCAGAUAACUUUUCUCUGCAUAAGCAUAUCAAAUCGGAUACGGCUGACACAGAAGAUGAGGAGUCUCCUCUACCAGAUUGUGAGAGUUCCCAAAGUUUCCAAAAUGCCAACAAGUUUCAAGGACCAAGGCGACCAUUGCAUGGGUGUUGUAUGGCCACUCGGAAAUCUGAAGUUCAUAAUGGGAGAGCAAAUAUCAACACCCAGUUAGUUGUUGACGUAUAUACCCUAGCUCCAUUUAGGGUCAGAGGAUUCAAUGGUCCUUAUAGUCAGAAAAAUAAUUUGCUGCUGUUUCCUGUAUCUGGCAGACCUGCAUGCCGCCUUCAAAAUGUUACAAUGCUGUUCUCCAAUCCAAAUGGACUUGCAAAGAACCUUGGGUUUUGUGCAAAAUCCACCACAAAAGGUCAAAGAGUAACAUGCAACCUACUGGUUCUCCAUAGCACUGGUUCUUUUGUACCAGAUGGACCAAACCAUACUAAUUACGACAAUGACUUUGACAAAUUGGUCAGAAACAUGUUCACCAGUCCACCCACAACAAAAUGGCACGACAUGUUCAGAUUGCCUGGACCCAUGCGGGGCAUCUGGAUUGGAUUAGGUCUCACUUUUACCAUAAUUGCCCCAAGACCAAAUUACAGGAGGACAUUUCCAUGGUCACCAUAAGUGAACAUACAGUUGCAUUGCUAGACAGAAUGUAACAGGGAUACUUGCAUGAGUGCAGUCUAUAAUUAUCAGGUUUGUUGCACAAACGCUGUUCUGCUUGCAAUAAUGGCAAAGAGAUCUUGCUCAACCAGUUUGUACCUCUUGCAUGGAAGCUGUUGAUAGAAAACCCAUUUGCAAAUCUGCAAGGAAAUGGAAAAAGUUAUGAUUAUCACCGAUUCCAAGUCAAGGCACGACCACAUGGUGAAGGACAGCUUGGGCAAUGUGAUUUUUCUUAGUGUUUUGAAAUAAAUUACAUCAUGGUUUAAAUCUUUUAAUACAGUUACACAUUUUAAAUUAUAUACAUCACUAUAUAUUAAUAUGCUUUUUGAAAUUUAGCAAUUGAUGUUUUCAAGUACCUUGCUUCUGAUAACUUUGUGCACAUAUAAUAUAUAUUGUGUUUUGUAAAAUGAUUUUUUAACAGUUUUAUUUUAAAGCAUGAACAAAUGUUGGUAUUUGUCAACUACUUCUUCUCUAAAGGAAUGAACGUGUGUUUCAGAACAAUUUAUCAAAUGAAGUAUAUGGGAUUGUUUAAAAAGGCAAUUAUUAAGACUCAACAUGCACAAGUUAUUCAUGUUUUUACUGAUAUUGUCUGUGUUUGUUAAAAUAUUCAUGUUAAGUUUUAUUGUUUUUAUUCAGAAAUGUUAUUUUACAUUAUCUCAUGUUGUUUUAAAUAUGUAUUUUUAAAAGAAGUUAAAGGUA